UAUAUAUCUAUUCCACACUGAAACUAAACCCAACAAGCCAACUCAUAAACCACGCAGAAGAGCAGAAAAUCUAUUAUAACCCCAUUUAAAUCACCUACACUACUAAUCCAAUCCAUGUUGUAAUUUCACAAAAACUUCUCAUCAAUUCAACUUCAAUGGCUUCUCAAUAUUUUUCUCUAAAAUUCCUCAUCCCCUUCCUCUUCUUCUCUUUCUCUUCAUCCGAACUCCAUUCGUCGAAAAAUUCAAUCACACCCAUUUCCACCCCUCCUCCUCCUUCUCCGUCUCCGAAUAUUCCCGUUGAAAUCCAAGGAGCUUGUAAAGCCUCACGGGACCCACCAACAUGCGAAUCAGCAUUAACUGACCCUUCACAGUUCCCGUCAAAUCUAAUAGCCAUACAAAUCAUCCUCUCAGCAUUGAGCAUUUCAUCUCAGAACCUCACUAGUGUUAAAUCAUUGGUGAAGAACAUCCUUGACACUGCCGCGGGCAACAUGAACCUCACUGUGCCCGCGAAAAAUUGUUUACUGGGAUUCGACUUUGUGGCGUACAGGUACAAUCUGACGGCUGCUGCGUUGACACGUGGUGAAAUCAAGGACGCUCGUGCAUGGACGAGUGCCGCCUUGGGGUACCAAAUCGGCUGCUCGUCGAAUUUACUCAAAGUAAACGGAACCCAUCAGGUGGCUAAAACGGUAGAGGUAAUGAAAACGUUAAUUGGGUUCACGACAAAUGCAUUAUGGAUGAUGGUGAAUUAUGAUAUUUACGGGAAUGAUACAAGGUCAUGGGGCCCACCCAAAACAGAACGAGACGGGUUCUGGGAAGUCGGGUCAGGAUUCGGAUCCUGGUUUGGGUUACGGGGCGGGUUUCCGUCGGGUUUGAACCCGAAUCUUACGGUCUGUAAAACGGGUGGGUGUGAUUAUAAAAUGGUGCAAGAGGCAGUGAAUGCAACACCAGGUUAUUUUGGAUCCGAGAAGUUUGUGAUAUGGAUCAAAACCGGGUUGUAUGAUGAGAUAAUUCGGGUACCGUUGGAAAAGAGGAAUGUGGUAUUUUUGGGAGAUGGGAUGGGUAAAACCGUCAUUACAGGGUCACUGAGUGUUGGACUAGUGCCUGGAAUGACCACUUAUGAAUCUGCCACUGUAGGAGUAAGUGGUGAUGGAUUCAUGGCCAGUGGCCUAACAAUCCAAAACACAGCCGGUAUCGGUGCUGGACAAGCAGUAGCUUUCCGAUCCGACAGUGACCUCUCUGUAAUCCAAAACUGCGAGUUCCUCGGAAAUCAAGACACUCUCUACACACAAUCUUUACGCCAGUACUACCAAUCAUGUCACAUUCAGGGGAACGUGGAUUUCAUCUUUGGCAACGCGGCUGCAUUUUUCCAGGACUGUGACAUUCUAAUCACUCCCCGAUUACUCAACCCUGAAAAAGGUGAAACUAAUGCAGUAACAGCUCAUGGUAGGUUAGACCCGGGGCAAUCAACUGGAUUCGUCUUCCAAAGUUGUUCCAUCAACGGAACGGAAGAGUACAUGAAUUUGUACCGUAGUAACCCUAAAGUGCAUAAGAAUUUCCUGGGAAGGCCUUGGAAGGAGUAUUCGAGGACAAUUUUUAUAUAUUGUAAUUUGGAGGUUUUGGUCCACCCUGAGGGGUGGAUGCCAUGGAACGGUGAGUUUGCUUUGAAGACGCUUUAUUAUGGCGAAUUCAAUAGUAGUGGUGCUGGGGCUAAUGUAACAGGGAGAGUGACAUGGAGUAGUCAAAUUCCAGCUGAACAUAUUGAUUCUUACUCAGUGAAGAAUUUCAUUCAAGGUGAUAAGUGGAUACCUCCAACUUCUUGUUAACAUGCUCUUCUCUAGAGAUUGGUUAUGUAAACCACACAAAUACAUCAAAGUUAUUGAAUACCAAUUUUUUUUGUUUAGUA